AGAGAAGAGUUUCUAUAGACUGAGGAUAUGUCUGGCUACGAAUAUAGUGACGCAGAAAUUGAUCUUGAUGGGUUCAUUGUAUCUGAAGAUGAGGAACAACAACAACAUGAUAGAUCGUUGUUAGCGGAAGAUGAGAUGCCCCAUGAUAGAAUACUUGAUAUAACUAAUACCUUAAAACCCAAUGAAGACCAAACUCAGAAGGUACUUAAGGCGCACAUUUCAGUGUUGGUUUCGGCAUUGGGUGGUCCAGACCACACUUCCCAACAAGUACCAGCGCCAUAUAAGCUUGGACAAGACGCGUUGGCCUGUUUGAAAGAUAUAAAACGAUGGAUAAAGGCAGUUGACGAAAGAACCAAUAGUUAUGAUGUAGCACUUGCCUGUGCAGACUCUGGUCUUGUAGUAAAUGAUCUCACCAGCAUCUUGUGUCAAUGGGACAGGAAACAUCAGAAGAAGGAACCAAUCCUCAAUGCAAGAACUACAGAGAAAGUUAUGUUAUCAUGUCUUGAAUUAUUAGUUUUACUUACUUGGCCAUUAGAAUUGACUCCUGAACUGUCAACCAAACAAAGAAUUGCCUAUCCAAAUUUAAAGAAAAUUCAAAUCACAUACAAGAAGCAUAUACUUGCAUUUAAUAAGGGACAAACUUUGAAGGCUGUGAUUAGACUUGUUCUUCCAAUAGUUAGUAAACCUAGACUUGAUAGAGAACCUAGAGAUAAUGCAAUCAUUAGAAUGGCACUCUUUUUCGUCAGAAAUAUACUUUUCAUUGAACCUGCAAAUACUACAGUUUCCAGCAAAGUACGGAAGGAAAUUGUUAAUCUUGAUAAUAUGCCUGCAAAUGUAAAUCAGGAUGAUAUAUCACUUAACGCAGUAUUACAAUGUUUCCAAAAUAACAAGGUACUUAUUUUCCUUUUGACCAUUGCAGGAUCACUAGGAACGGAAUUUGAUAGACAAAUGUUUGGUCAUUGCACUUUGGAAUGUAUAUAUUUGAUAAUUAAAAGGAUCAGACCUGAAGUUGAGUUCACACAGUCAUCGAACAAUAAUUCAUCAGCUAGAGUUACAUCAGAACCGACGACAAAUUCUGCAACCGGAACGCAACUCCAGAACUUACUUAAUAAAGAAUCCAAGAAGAAACAACUCCAAAACCUGAGUGUAUCUACAAGACAUGGAAGAUUUGGAUCUCUUCUAUCCAUUCAAGGAGAUACCACCUCAUAUGUAGUUUCAGGACAAGAUGCUUUACAUAAUACAGACUCUUCAUUGGCCAAGUUAGAUAGUACCAAGAAGUGGCAUCAUCGUACGACUUUCAAAUAUGAUGCUGAUGACUAUGUAACAACUGAACUGGAAUUCCUUAAUUCAAAUGCUUCAUUAAUAUUACGUGAAUUUCUUGACAGUUUCCUUGAAGGUGGAUGUUUCAAUAAUUUGAUUGAAGGGGUUAGUUGGCUUCUUACUUCUAAUGGUGACCUUGCCUUCAGUGAUCCGUACGAACGUGCAGCUUAUUUCCUUACUGUAGCAUGGUUUUUCGGCUAUAAGAGAGAAAAGGUUAUUAGAUCUAACGUAGAAGCUGAUUAUGGAUCGGUUGGCGCUGGUUUAAAUGAAACUAAUUUUGUAUUACUUUUGAGUUAUUUCAGAACUUCUUUUGAAUCAAAAGAUUGGAGUUCACUUCAUGUUGCAAUGAUUUGCUUUAGAGAAAUGCUUUCAAUUUCAAAUUCAAUCUUUUCUAAAAACAGAGAGAAAAUUGCUGAAGCAGACGAAGAACAAGCUAUUCUCGAUAAGGAACUUGCAGAGGGUAUUAUACAUAAACUUUUUGAAUCUAAAAUGUUCCUUGACUUGAUUGUUGAAAUCCCUAAAACCGCAGCAAAGCACUCACCCGAUUACUUGAAUGUAUCUGUUUCGGUGGUUUAUAUCGUUUUGAAAACAUUUGAAAGUUUUGCAAAUGAAGAUAUUGCACUUUACGUUAAAACUAAAAGAAGACAAUCCAAAAAGAAGAAGAAUAGCAAUAAUUUAGACCAUAGUACUGAAAUGCAAUUCAGAGAACUCAUUGAAGGUUCUGGGUCUGAAGACGAACAACAAGAAGAGUUGGUCAAACUGGUUUCUAAAGAACGUAGACUUGAUUUUAAGGAGACGGAACUCAGAUUUUUUCAUCCAGCAACGGUUUCAACAUAUAUUGAAUACUUAUCCCGAUACGAGGAUUUGUCACACGAGGAAAUAAAGAGAUGUUUAUCUUUCUUCCAUCGAUUAUUUGUUGUUCGGAAAGAUUUCACAAAUUUAUUCCGCUUAGACUUUAUGAAUUUGAUACAUAAAUUAAGAUUAGAUUUACCAUUAAGUUCAAGUAUACGAAGUCAUGUGGAUGAAUUCAUAUACUACUUCAUGAAGAAAUUUAAGCAAGCUUUUAAACGGUUCCCUCUCCCAAUUGAAAUUUUAUUCCCACGUAUUGAAGAUGCUCAAUACAAGACGUAUCUUGGAAGUGGUGAACUCCAUAUCAAAGAAGAGAAGGCUAAAAGACCUCCUCGUCUCGGAAAGGACUUGGAAUUUAUUCGUGAUACGUUCAGUUUGGAUGAGAAAUUCAAGAUUAUUAUCACAGCGUUGCUCGAACAAGAGAAAGCAGGAUUUCUUUCCUGGUUUAUUACCGAGUUGGAUCUUUUAAUCAAGAAAAGAGUUUUGGAAACAUCUUCUAUUAUUGGAAUGUUUUUGAAUCUCACACCAGAAUACAAAAGAUUAUUGAUCAGUAACUCACAUAUUAGAGUUUUCGUUGCUCUAGUUGGAUUUGAAUUGCCUUAUAUUAUGGAUGAGAAUUGUUUACUUCCAUCAAGUAUUUCUACUGAUAGCUUAUGUGAAAAAUUGGAAAUUAUUAAAAAAUGGAUUGCUUCCCAACCAGCAUCAUUUGAAGAUGGAAAUGAUGCUUCAUACUUUUUAAGAACUAAAGAUUUCGAAGAUGAUGAAUACGAAGGAAUUAACUACAGAAAUGGAGGUUAUGACAACGAUGAUGAGUCUAUUGCAUUUGAAACUGAACCUUCUGGAACUGGUGGAUCUUAUUAUGGUAGUCAAUUAGACGCUUUAGAUGAAUUAGAACUGGGAAUUCCUCGUGGAGUUGCAAGAGUGAAAAACAGAAAGCGGAAAGACAAACCUUCAGAGAAAAAGAAACACAAGAAGGAAUCUCGUAGAAGGCCACCAAGAUUCAAUGUUAAUUCAGAUGAUGAAGAAACUGCUCAUGCCCCGGUUAAAUCGGCCGAAUUUGUUCACGAUUCAGAUGACGAAUCUGAUAAUGAAGAGUUUUUUGCUCGUGAAGAGAGAUUGAGACAAAUGCUUGAGUCAUCAGGGGGUAUUGUUAACCCACAACAAUUGGCUGAGUUUAAACAAGCUUGGUCUCGAUUAGAGAAGAAUAACGGUUCCAUUUCAACUUCUGUGACAAAAGCGAUAGAAAAUACGUUAUUUGUUGAAAAUGAUCAUGACGAUGAAGACGACGUUGCCAACGUUGAGCCAAGGAUGGCCGACAAGGAUUCAUUUGAGUCAGAUGCUGACAGUAUAGAUGGAAAUCUGCAAAGUUCAAAUACUGCUGACUUUGAACAAACAAAGAAGCGGAGUAGAAGUUUUGAAGAAUCUGAGCAAUUAGAAAGCGCCGAAGCGGAUGAAGCUGAAGAAGAAGAACAACAUAUAUCGAGAAAGAAAAAGAGAUUGGUAAUAAGUGACGACGAAGAUGAUGAUGACGAAUAAAAUAUUUUUUUAGAAAACUAAUAUACAAAAUUUUAAAUAACCAAACCUA